AUGAUGGAAAGAAUAAGAAAAGAGAUGAUUCUGAUGGAGAGAGGGCUGCACAGCCCUACGACCGGCAAGAGAUUCUCCAAUUUGUCCGACUCGGCUGGCAAUGCUGUGCUUGAGGCCCUGGAAAAUUCGCAGCACCCGGCUCGCCUCAGCCCGCGCCUGCCGUCCGCCCCCCUGCACAGCGCUUUGGGAGACCUCCCUGCCAAGGGCAAAUUCGAAAUAGACACUUUGUUCAACCUGCAGCACCCGAGCAGCGAAAGCACCGUCUCCUCCGAAAUCGCGUCUGCCGCGGAGGGCCGAAAAAAGCCGGGUCAUUAUUCAGAGGCGGCCGCCGAGGCAGACAUGAGCAGCGACGUGGAGGUGGGCUGCUCGGCGCUGCGCUCCCCCGGCGGCCUCGGAGCGGUUCCGCUCAAGGAAAACAAUGGCAAAGGGUUCGCAGAGAGUGGCUCAGCCGCGGGCACCACGACGUCUGCGACAGGCUCCGGCCUCGGCAGCCUGCAUGGAGGCGGCGGCGGCGGCGGCAGCGGCGGGGGCACGGCGCUGGGCGGCUCCGGCUCUGGCGCGGAUCAGGUGCGGCGCUACCGCACGGCGUUCACCCGCGAACAGAUCGCCCGCCUGGAGAAGGAGUUCUACCGGGAGAACUAUGUGUCGCGGCCACGCCGGUGCGAGCUAGCCGCUGCACUCAACCUUCCCGAAACCACUAUCAAGGUAUGGUUCCAGAACCGGCGCAUGAAGGACAAGCGGCAGCGUCUGGCCAUGUCGUGGCCGCACCCGGCCGACCCCAGCUUCUACACCUACAUGAUGACGCACGCGGCCGCCACCGGAAGCCUGCCCUACCCCUUCCACUCGCACGUGCCGCUGCACUACUACCCGCACGUGGGUGUCACGGCCGCGGCCGCGGCGGCUGCGGCCUCUGGCGCAGCCGCCGCGGCCUCAUCGCCCUUCGCCACUUCCAUCCGCCCGCUGGACACCUUCCGCGCCCUCUCGCACCCCUACUCGCGGCCCGAGCUGCUGUGCAGCUUCCGCCAUCCCGGCCUCUACCAGACACCCGCGGCUGCCGCCGGGCUUAACAGCGCGGCUUCGGCCGCCGCGGCUGCUGCAGCUGCGGCGGCCGCGGCCUCUUCGGCCGCGGCGGCCGGGGCGCCCCCCAGCGGCGGUUCCGCACCCUGCUCGUGCCUCAGUUGCCACAGCAGUCAGUCGGCCGCAGCCGCCGCCGCCGCCGCCGCCGCCGCUCUGGGCUCCCGGGGUGGCGGCGGGGGCGGCGGGGGUGGCGGCGGCAGCGCAGGGGCCGCCGGGGGCUCGGACUUCGGCUGCAGCGCUGCGGCGCCGCGCUCUGAGAGCGGCUUUCUGCCCUACUCAGCCGCUGUGCUAAGCAAGACCGCCGUGAGCCCUCCGGACCAGAGGGACGAGGCGCCACUCACCAGAUAACUACGUCGCCGCCGCCAGGGGGCUGCGCCCGACGCUCCGAGUGUGCCCCGGGAGUCCCCUGAGCGCCCCCCAUGCCCUCUUUGCGCCCACGUGCCCUCUGCGCUCCGCCUGCUGCUGAGGCUCUCGCCAGGGGGCGCCCCGGCGCGGGAGGUCGCAGGGAACUUGCCCCGAGUUGGGGGGAAAGAGCCAGCUCGAAAGCCCGGCGUCCGUCCCCUCAAAUUAUUUCUAUUUUUGUAUUUUCUACCCUGCCGCCUCCCCUCCUUUUAAGUGUGUUUCCCGUCGCCCAGACCCCGCUUCCUGCCUCUGUCCCGAGCUCUUGGUCUCCCCAAGACAAUCUCCUCGCGUCCGAAACCAGUCCGCUGUGGUCUCGGGCCCAGGCUGAAGCCGUCAGGCCUAGUUUCUCGGCUGAGCCACGUGGCCAAAAGCAACGGAAAACCACAACAAAGAGAGUAGGGAAUGGUGUGUGCUAGUGCGGUGUGCGGGAGGGAAAUCCACCCCGUUGUUCCCGCUGCUGCUGUGUUUCUUCCAUCCUUUCAUUUUCUUUAAACGAGGGUGAGAGGAGGUAGCAGUUUUUCUCUUAGCCUGAGCUUGUUAGGGGCCUUAUACGAGGAGAGCGGAAGAAUGGAGGUCUGAGGAGGCCUAGAGGGCGGAUGGAGAGUGCGGGCGGCCGCGGGUGUAGAGAGUGUUUACUGCGUGCAGGGGACAAGGAUGUUGGGGCUGUGGCCGCGGUCCCGGGAAGGACAAAGCCACGAAGCCGAGAUGCGAAGAGGCGCAGUCCCGCCUCCUCUCUCGGCCCACCGCCGAUCUCUCUACUGAUCUUCGGUUUGGGUUGGAGGCGUCUUGCAUAUUCUUGUGCAAAAAGUAAUGGUUAAUGAGAGUGGCACAGCCAGACCAGGGGAGGAAAGGCAAACGGAGGGAUGAGGAGGGCAAGACUGAACGAUCUCGUAGUAUUUGAAGAAUCGUUUUAAACUUAGUUUUCCAACGACUGGGUUCCACUCCAUAUGGGAAAUACUUGAAUCUCUAGAUAUAUAUUAUCCUGAAGCAUUUACUUAGACACUUUUCUAAGUUCGAACUCUAUUCCCUUC